AUGGAGGAAAGCGAUAACAGUCGCACGAGGGCCAGGUCCGAUUCCCAGCCCCAGUCGCCGCGUCGGAACCGCGCUGCCAGCGACGCAGAUUAUAUCUCGCCGACGAGGGCCACUGGCGCUGAUGAUGGUCAGAGCGGCACGAGACGGCGUAGCUCGGUUGCCUCGAGACGCAGUGGCGGCAGCGGAGUGCCCAGUCUGGCACCUCGCACCACUCUCGCCCAGCGCACUCAGGGCAGGUUCACGCUCGCUGGUCCAGACGAGACUCCUCAACUUCGUUUGGCUCAGGAACCCUUCGUGCAACCUGGAUAUGCGGAUCUGAACCCUUCAUAUGAACAGCCGUCCAAUGCCAGACCUGUUUGGUCUCUGGCCAAGCCAUUGCCCCGUGUGGUGAGACCCGGCAUGGUUCCGACCAAGGAAGAGCUUCUCCAGAAUCUCGCCAAUGCUCAGCGCCCAACAGAAAAUUCGCAGAAUCUUGGACUGGACGUGAAUGCGAAUGAUCUUGAGCAGGGUCGGAUUGACAAGACGACAGACCCGCGGAAGAUGGCCGCUCAGGUCGAGGAUGCCCGUCUGCAGCGCGAGAAUAACUUUAUGAACAAGAUUCUCACCGGCGAUGGAACCUCCGUGCGACAGACUUCGCGCAUGUCACGCACUUCAUCGGUUCGAGGCCGACGUCCUUCCGGUUGGGAUCUUCCUCAAGAUCAACUGUCGACUGUGGAAGAAGGUGACUCUCAGGACAACGAUGAACCAGACGAGCGGCCCGUGGGUAACGAGCGCAUGGAUACCAUCCCCGAGAAUGUUGAUCUAGGCCAGAGGCUGGAUGAGCUUUUAGAUGCCCCCGAGCUGGAAAAAGCCGGAUAUCCAGAGGAUCUCCAUCCUCUUGUUCAAGAACUGGUCGAGGAUGAAGUGCAUAACAACCACACUACCUGGUCUGUCAUCCGUACUCACCACCGCGAAGCGCUGGCUGAGGCCCUUGGCGUUUUUGUUCAGCUGACCAUGGGCUUCUGCGUUGACUUGUCCGUCACCAUCAACAAUCAGGGCAACCCUAACACGACCGAUUGGGCUUGGGGUCUAGCCACCAUGAUGGCCAUCUACAUUUCUGGUGGUGUUUCCGGUGCUCACCUCAAUCCCGUCGUCACUAUGGUCCUCUGGUUCUUCCGUGGUUUCCCAAAGGCCAAGAUGCCCGAGUAUUUCGCCGCUCAGUUCCUGGCUGCCUUCUGCGCCGGACUAGCCGCGUAUGGUAUCUACUACCAAGCCAUCGAUCACUAUCUCAUUACCAACGCAGAUACCGGUGUCAUCAACAGUUUUGUGACGAAUGCGCGCGAAACGUGGGUCGAUGCCGGAACAGCAUUCUUCAACGAGUUCAUGGGCACGGCCUUCUUGAUCGUGACGGUUUUGGCUCUGGGUGAUGACCAGAACGCCCCCCCUGGUGCCGGUAUGAACUCGCUCAUCAUCGGAUUGGUAAUCACCUGUCUGAGUAUGUGCUUUGCCUACCAGACUGGCGCAGCUUUUAACCCAAGUCGUGACUUCGGUCCUCGUCUUGCGCUGCUUGCUGUUGGAUUCCCGAGUACUUUGUUCACCGAUCCAUACUGGUUCUAUGGACCUUGGGCUGGUGCGCUCAGUGGUGGCUUCAUGGGCGCUUUCUUGUAUGACUUCUUCAUCUUCACUGGAGGUGAAUCCCCGGUCAACUACCCGCUUGAGCGUACUCAGCGUGCGAUGACCAAGAGUGGAAUGAAGUGGAAGCGUCGCUUGCAUCUUUCGCCGUAG